AUGGAGCUUCCUCACCUCGGGCAAUUUACACCACUCUUCACCUCGCAGGGUGUUGAAUCGAAUUCAGAAUCUGCCCUGCAAGACUUCCUCGCGCAACAUCCCACUCUGCGCUUCAUCCGGCUGCAGUGGCAGGACUACUCGGGGAUACUGCGCUCGCGCAUGGUUGUCCCCAAGCAGCUUCUGCAAAUGACUGUGGCACAGAAGCCCAUCCACGCGCCACCCAUCGCCUUCCAUUGCGUGGCCGACAAUACCCUCAUAUCUGGUCUUGAUCCGACCGGGAAUCACUUCCUCGUUCCCGACUGGUCCAGUCUACAGAUCCUGUCUGCAAGCCCUCAUAACGCAAUGGUAAUGUGCGGCGUCCUUGCUUCCACGCCCGCUGAUCCUAUCCCCAACCACGACCUCUGUCCUCGGCGCGCCCUCGCUAGCAUCAUACGUCGCGCCAAGGAGGACUUUGACCUGGAUUUCCUGGUUGGUUUCGAGGUUGAAUUCGAGCUCAUGGAGCCGACCUCCGAGUUGGGUGAUGACGGCGACGGCUACACUCUCGCCCCCGCCUGCAAUGGGCUGGGUCGAUACGCCGUCGAUGGCCUGCGGCAUCGACACUUCGAUCUAAUUGAAGCAGCUAUCCAUCAGCUCCUCGAUUCCGGGGUGGAUAUUCAAGCCUUUCAAACGGAGGGUCGCCGUGGCCAGUACGAGCUAUCGCUCGCUCCACGCACCCCUCUCGAGGCAGUUGACGAGCUCAUUCUGGUCCACGAUACCCUCAAGACGAUAAUGGCUCGCCACGGGCUCAUCGCCACCAUGUCACCCAAGCCCGUUGCCGGCCGUCGCCAAGCCAGCGGUCAGCAUACACACAUCUCCAUCUCGCGACCCGAGGUUCAAGACCAAUUUCUCGCUGGGAUUCUGCACCGCCUUCCAGCCCUCUGCGCCACCUGUAUGCCAUACGACUUGUCUUAUGAACGAGUGCAGCCCUAUCUUGGCGGCGAUCACGUCGCCUGGGGCUCCGAUAAUCGUGAGGUCCCUAUCCGCAAGAUUCGACCCGGCCAUUGGGAGAUAAGAUGCGUUGAUUCCACCGCCAAUAUGUAUCUGAUGCUGGCAACAACGCUGGGAGCGGGGCUGCUGGGAGUCAGUAACCAGAUGGCGCUCUCAUGGCCUGAUACGGCAAUUCCGCAGACCAUAUGUCGAGAUAAUCAUGUGAAUGGCACGAAUGGCAUGAAUGGCACGAAUGGCACGAAUGGCACGCAUCAUGUUUCCAAGGCAGUAGCGCUGCCGAGGAAUCUGGACUCGUCAUUGGACCUUCUGGAGAAGGAAGCAGGAGAGCUGGGGAAGAUGAUGAAUAGCACGAUCUUGGGUCAUUUCCUGCGCAUCAAGCGCUUUGAAAUGGAAAGUUUGGGGCAAAAAUCGCAGGCCGAUGUGCGCAGGCUUUUGACAGAGCUGUUUUAG